GCACCUCCUUUACCCUAGUGAGAGAUAGUACUCUCAGUAUCACUCUCGAAGUGGACCUAGAUUGCUGGGCGACACCCUCCUCAUUUCACGUCGGCAUUCUCUAUCACUGCGCACAUAUACCACCUCACACCCCUUCAACGCAACUCAUCUUGAACUAGUUGCAACGCAAUGCAAACUAGAUCAGCCAGCGGACCGCCGCAUGCGGCCGCGGCACUCUUCCUCCUACUCUGCGCCAUCACGCCCUUCACCGAUGCUGCGCGUCUCCACGGCCGAGGUCACUCUGGCGGUGAAUACCCAUUCUCGCUUACUCGUCUUGUCGGCCCCGACGCGUGUCCCAACUACGGAUGGACUCGAACGGUCCCACUGGCCGCCUUUGGCGCCAACCCUCUCAAGGCUCAAAGUGUUUGCGGUCGCUGCGUGAAGGUCACGGCAUCAUCCACGGGUUUAUCGACCGUCGUCAGGAUCGUCGAUGUCACAAAGAAGGUCCCUCGUGGUCGCCUCUCGCUCUCCGAGGACGCUCUUCAAGAGCUUGGCCUUCCCGAACAGACGUCUGCACAUGUCAAGUGGGAUGAAGUUAAGUGUCCCGACAUCCCCGCGAAAGAAGAAGAAAGCAAACUCUCCGAGCAACUCGACAGGCGCGACGACGGCAGCCACAUCCCCGUAUUCGUCCACGAGCAAUGGCCUGAGGGUGUCACCGAGGAGCAAGUCGUCAACAGCUUUAAGAAUGACAACCGCGCGUUGCAUCGCCGUCACUACGCCGACCCGUAUGCGGAACCAAAGAAGGACUACAGCAGUGACGAGAAGAAGUACGAAAAGAAAUACGACAAAUACGGCAACGACUACGGUUCGCACACGUCCACCAAGAAGUGUUUCGAGACUCUCAAGAUCUACAUCUCGCCUGCCAGUGAACCGUGCCCUGCCACUGCCACAGCCUCCGCGACGGUUACCGCCAGUGCCACAGCAUCCGUCACCGGUCCUCCUGACAACCCAGGUGUCAGCAUUCCUACCCGCACUCGUCGAUCGACCACCGCAUUGGCCUCAGGCACAUCCUCCGUCUCGUUUCAGACCAGCUCUGCGGUUGUCACUCCUACGACCACAAGUAGCGGUGCCUCGGCCUCCCCAUCCACUACGAUUGUUGAGCCAAGCUCCGGACUUACCUCCACCACGGCGGGUGCGUCGUCGGCCACGGGUACGACAUCCACAUCUACAACGGUCAUUACCAUCACAUCCGGCACGGUCACUACUACGUCUACCGUCACUCUUACCUCCACUGGCACCAUCGCAACCGAGACGGCAUCCGUGACUGGCCCUCCUGAUAACCCAGGUGUCAGCAUCCCCACUCGGACCCGUCGACAGACCACUGCGUCGCAAGAAACCGGGGCUUCGUCCAUUCCAAGCUUGUCUUCGUCAGCCCCUGGUUCCACUGCAACCGUCACCACUUCCACUUCUACAACGGUCGUUACAAUCACAUCGGGCACAGUCACUACCACAUCGACGGUCACGCUCACCUCCACCGGCACGGUCAGCGCAACCGGCACCGCUACGGCUAGCGUUACCGGCCCUCCUGACAAUCCAGGAGUCAGUAUCCCCACUCGCACUCGGAGAUCGACCACGGCCGCUGUAGAGACAACUUCAUCGUCCGAGAGCUUCUCGUCGUCAGCCGUCGUGGGCUCUAGCUCAGGGGUUUUGACUUCUACUGCGCCCGCUUCCAGCGCAACGAUUACCACCUCUACCUCGACCACGGUGAUUACCAUCACGUCGGGCACAGUGACGACGACAUCGACAGUCACAUUGACAUCAACCGGGACCGCAACUGCUACCGAGACCGCGAGUGUCACGGGUCCCCCCGACAACCCGGGCGUCAGUAUUCCGACACGCACUCGUAAAUCGACGACGAUCUCUGAACAGACCGGCGCCUCGUCCGUGAGUUUCUCCUCGUCGGCAGUUGCAUCUUCCUCAGGUACCGCGCCUGCCUCAAGCGCCACUAUCACUACAUCUACCUCGACUACGGUGAUCACGGUGACCUCGGGAACCAUCACUACCACCUCGACUGUCACAUUGACUUCGACCGGCACAGCUACAGCCACGGAGACUGCAAGCGUCUCUCAACCUCCUGACAAUCCCGGAGUGAGCAUCCCCACUCGUACUCGACGAUCGACUACUGCAUCGGAAGAGACGAGCGGCGUCUUCUCUUCCAGCACGGCUCCCGCAUCCACCGAGACUACCUCUACGUCGACCACUGUGAUCACCGUGACUUCAGGUACGGUUACGACAACCUCGACGGUAACUCUGACGUCCACAGGCACGGUUACCGCCACUGAGCCCACAGGAACUGCGUCUGCCGGUUUGUCCACCACCACGGCUCCUGCUUCUACGGAAACAGUUACCACGUCCACUUCCACGACCGUUAUCACUGUCACCUCGGGCACCGUCACAACGACCUCAACUGUGACUUUGACAUCGACGGGCACUGCGCCUGCCUCAAGCGCCACAACUGCUUCGGUGACCCAGCCCCCCGACAAUCCGGGAGUCAGCGUUCCCACCCGCACACGCAGGUCUACCACUGCAACAGAAUCAGCCAGUGUCGGGCUCUCAGUUUCGUCCUCCGAGAUCCCAACCUUCUCCUCAACCACCGCCCCUGCAAGCACGGAGACCAUCACUACAUCCACGUCCACAACUGUUAUCACGAUUACGUCCGGAACCAUUACAACAACUUCAACCGUUACGCUCACUUCCACCGGCACUGCUCCUCCGUCGAGCACUUCUGCUUCGGUGACACAGCCUCCCGAUAACCCAGGGGUCAGUGUUCCAACUCGUACCCGAAGGUCUACUAUCGCGACCGAAGGCUUCUCCUCCACUGCGGUCGGGUCGAGCGUGAGCCUGACUACAUCCACAUCCACUACGGUCAUCACGGUAACGUCUGGGACGAUCACAACCACUUCUACCGUGACUCUGACCUCCACCGGAACCGCUGUCGCAUCCUCGACCGCCGUGCCGAUCUCCACUGUGGUCGUGACAUUGCCAGGCACGAGGACUUCGUCCUUGGUCACUGAACCUACCUUCCCUGCGACCUCAAGCGCAGUCGUCGGGAGCAGCAGCUCUGCGGUCAUCACUCCGACCACCACUGUGAUCACCGUCACCUCAGGCACCGUAACCACAACGUCUACGAUCACUCUGACGUCCACGGCAACUGCUACGGCGUCGGUCACUAGUCCUGGUGACAACCCCGGUGUCAGCAUCCCCACCAGGUCGAGGACUUCCACCGGCUUUGGAAGUGCUACGUUCACCUUUGGAAACAGCUUCAGCGUCUCUACCACAACGAUUACCAUCGGUUCGGCGAGUUCCUCGGCGAUUGUCACGGUCACACCUACCACGACGUCUGUAGUGACAACUCCUACCACCACUCCCUUUGGUACGACUUCCGAGUUCAGCACCGCUUCCGUCACCACUACCACCACUGUUGUCACUGUGACUAGCGGAACGAUCACAAGCGAGACCACCCUGACGGUGACUUCCACGGCCGCCGCUACGGCAACUGCGAGUGUUACUUCCCCUGGGCAGAACCCUGGUGUCAGCACUCCAGGCACCCGAACGUUCACUGCCUCUGAGACUGCCUCUGCAGGUCUCAGCACCACUGCACCCUCAACUACCUCGGCCGCAACCAUUACGACCGCAACUUCCACUACUGUCAUUACGAUUACCUCUGGCACUCUGACCACCACGUCGACGUUGACAUUUACCAGCACGGAAAUUGUCGCGACCCGUACAUCUUCCGCUGAGCCAAGCAACACCGGUACUCCCACUGCCACUGCUACUGCUAGUGGAUCAGUUGCCACUACGUCUCUGCCGGCCACUAAUGCCGCGACCUCGGCCGCAUCCGUGACCACAACAACAACCGUCGUGACUGUGACGAGCGGUACCCUCACGACCGAGACUACAUUGACAUUCACGUCAACUGCAACUGCCCCAGCGACCGCGACAGCUAGCGUUACCUCUCCUGGUCAGAACCCAGGAGUUAGCACUCCCGGCACUCGAUCUCUAACGGCUACUGAGACGGCUGGAGUCAGCACUACAGUUGUCGGAACCACGUCUGUUACCUCAUCCCUCACUACUACCACCACCGUAGUGACUGUGACGAGCGGCACGAUUACCAGCGAGACCACGUUGACAAUCACCUCGACGGCGACGGCCACGGCCACUGCAAGCGCCACCGAAGGCUUCAGCACCACUGGAGAUGCUUCGGUAUCAACAACAACUGUUCCAGUGACUAGCCCGGCCACCACAUCCCUCACCUCAUCCCUCACGACGACCACCACUGUUGUGACGGUGACGAGCGGCACUAUUACCAGCGAAACGACACUGACCAUCACGUCGACGGCCACCGCACCGGCCACUGCUACAGCUAGUGUCACAUCCCCAGGCCAGAACCCUGGUGUGAGCACGCCCGGCUCUCGAUCUGAAACCGGCACGAGCACCUUCAUUGGUGAGACAAGCGUCGCUACUUCGGCGGUUGGAAGUACAAGCACGGCAUCGUUGACGACCACUACAACGGUGGUUACCAUUACCAGCGGUACAGUCACGACGGAGACGACCUUGACUUUCACUUCCACGGCUACUGCGACGGAGCCUGCUACAGGCGGCGUGAGCACUAUUCCCGCAACGGAGACAGAGCCAGCCACGGGCGGCAUCACUACCCCUGCCACCAUUCCAGCGACCUCCACUGCAAGCCUCACGACGUCAACUACCGUGAUUACCAUCACUUCGGGCACGAUCACCACCACCUCCACGGUUACCUUGACUUCCACUGCAGCUAGUUCGCCAGUAACCACCGCUUCGGUUACAUCUCCCGGUCAGAACCCUGGUGUGAGCACUCCGGGAUCCCGCAGCACACUCGCCACUGGAAGCUCAUUUGCUACCUUUAGCACCAUUGUCGUUGGAAGCACGACCGGCGUCCCGGCUACUACCCCAGUAGUCACAGUCACGACCGUUGUUACUACCAUUUCUGGAACCCCGACCACCUCUAUCGUCACGGUCACCUCGGCGACGGCGACUGCGUCCGUGACAUCUCCCGGUGAAAACCCUGGGGUCAGUACUCCGCCCACUCGGUCAACCACUGAGUUUGCCACCACUGCUCCUGCAACUUCGGUUGUGACGAGCGUUACAACUGUCGUCACGACCAUCUCUGGCACACCUACGACCACGGUAGUCACUGUCACCACGGGAACUGUCAUUGCUACGACACCCGCCACUGGGACCAUCCCCGUCACUUCUCCAACCCCCACGUCAACCGGAAUCAGCUGCCCAAGCCCAUACCCACCCCCGCCGGCUGGCAAUAACCUUUGUACCUACUCAUCGGGUAUCGUCGCCGGCUCCGUAGUCCCUGGCAGCACGGAGGAAGACCAAGCGACAUUCUACGUCAACAUCACAGCCACUGAGGCGUACUUCCAAGGAUUCUUCGCCGUCAUCCAAUUCUGCCGCGACGAUGAAUACGUCGAUGCAUACACCGGCGCGGAACUUGCGGGCGGAUCCUUCGGCUACGCUACCAACGGCCACUACCUGUUCGUCGCCACCCAGGAAUACUUCGCCAUGCCUGUCGUGCAAGGCGAGACCAGGCAAUUCGCUAUGACCGUGAAGUGGCCCGAAGGCGAAGAUCUCACGCCGGACUUGCGGUUCUCCAAGCCGGCAGUCACCGUUUGGUGUCCAAAGUACCCUGUGCUUGGCUUUGGCCCGUCGUCGACGGACGGACCGUGAAGCAGAAGCAGACCCGUCUUAUCGCCCAAACCCCAUUCGACAUUUAUUCCGAUAGGCGUACUCUAAAGCGAUCUACUACCAUCACCCUCCGAGAAGCCGACAUGACUGGCGAACGUGCUUGCCUGCUUCAUACUGCUGUGCGGCGAAGCGGCAUCCCAAACCAUUCUUGAAAGGACUCGGAUUCGCUUUGGA